GCUGAGGGAAGCUUGCCUCUUUCUGUCGCAUUCGGGAAGGGGUGGGUGCUGCUGCUGCGGCGGCGGCUGACGGCACCACGACAAUGAAAGGCGCGCUGGCCAGCCCCGUGGCCGCCGCCACAACUAUGCAGGAGAGCUUUGGCUGCGCCGUCGCCAACCGCUUCCACCAGCUGCUCGAUGAUGAAUCCGACCCUUUCGACAUCCUCCGGGAGGCAGAGCAGCGCAAGCAGCAGAGCAAGAAGCGCGAAGAAGCGGCUUUUUCAACCGGCAGAAAACCUGGCCCCGGAGGAGUCUUUGCCGCCACCGCCGCUGUCAAAAGAGAAUCCCAGAAGGAGCGGAAAGGCUCCCCGUUCUUGCAGUCGGAGAGCCCCCCAGCACCCGGCCAAAAGCGAGCUCCAAAAAGAGGAGAACAACAGGGUUGGAAUGAAAACCGAGGUACGGAGAUAAAACAAGAUAAAGCGGAAUGGAAACCUUUUAGAGAAUACUGUCCUCAUGAAAUGGAAAGACAAGCAGAGUUUACACUAGAAAGACCAACAGAGCGCUUUGAUCGGGAAAGGCCAAUGAGAGGUCGUGGGGGAGGAAGAGGUGGGUUGCAGGGCAGAGGAAGAGGUGGUAUGAACAGGACCUUCAAUGGCUUUGAUCAAAGAGGGAAGCGGGAAUUUGACCGGCAGAGCGGGAGUGACAAAACAGGAGUCCGUGCAGAAGAUAAAAGGGGCGGAAAUGGACCACGUAACUGGGGAACUGCUAAGGAUGAUAUGAGUGAGCUGGAACAGGCUGCUCCUAUGGAAGAGACUGCAGAAACAGAAGAGAGCUCAGGAGCACCCGACGGAGAACCUCCAAUGAAAAUUGCUGAAGGAGAACCAGUGGAUGAUGUAGUUCAAGAGAUGACAUUGGAUGAAUGGAAAAAUCUUCAAGAACAAAAUCGACCAAAGCCCGAAUUCAACAUCCGGAAGCCCGAAACCACUGUUCCUUCCAAAGCAGUGGUAAUUCAUAAGUCAAAAUAUAGAGAUGAUGUGCUGAAGGAAGAUUUUGAGGAUGAUUCUCACUUUUCCCGAAAAGCAGCAAAUGACAUCACUUCUCAACUAGACAUUAACUUUGGGAAUCUGCCUCGUCCUGGAAGAGGAGCCAGAGGAGCACGAGGAGGGCGAGGGCGUGUCCGAAGAGUUGAAAACUCAUGGCCAAGGCCAGGAGUGAUGAUGCAUACUGCUGCUCCAAACCCAGAUGACCCUGAGGAUUUUCCUGCUUUGUCUUGAAAAAACUUAGUGACACCUCCAAAAAUAGCUGUGGAAAUACUUUGUUGCUGUAGAAGAGAGCCACCAAAGUCUACAGAGAGAAAGGACUUUUGUGUGUGAAUUUUGCAUUACUAUGUGUUAAGACAUACCCAGUGGGUUUGGAGGCAAAUUCCAGUAACACUGGUUUUGGAUUAGUUGUAUGAAGGCUUAUGGUAUCAUACGUGAGGAAUUUCAAAUAAAAAUUCAGGAUGAUGGUGUCAAACAGGUA